GCUAUUUCUCCCAAAAUGUCAAUUGAUGACUUAGAGAACCAUUCUAAAACAGCCAUUCAUUCAUUAGUGGCACACUUUCUCAAAAGCAACAAUUAUCAUGAAACUCUAAAACAAUUUGAAGAAGAACAUGGUAAACCUAUAAAUCCGCAACCUUUGCAUGCAAAUGAAAGCUUAGAAGAAAUAAUUAAAGAUCGUAUUAAUUAUAAUGAAUUAGCAAAAGAAUUUGAUAAUGUAGUAGAUGUUAAUAAAGAAUUACCGGAAGAUCUUCAGGCUCUUAAUAAAAAUCAAUUCGGUAAUUGGACUAGUCCCUAUCCUUCGGUUGGUCAACUAUUAAAAGGUAUUGAUGGAUUGGUUAUCUCUUCAAGUUAUGAUCCUUUAAAUAAUUUACUUUUUAUUAGUACAAACGAUACUAAACUAUACAUAGUUGAUGCUAGUUCCAAUAAUGUCAUUACAGAAAUUAUUAAAGUGAUAGAAACUUCUGUCAUUAAAAAGAUCAUAACUCUUGACAAUAAUGAAGUAUUGCUAGUUGGGAUUGAUGGUAAACUUAAUUACUUCAAAUAUGAUUAUGCAGAUUCAAAAUUUGACUUAAAAUUAAUAUCAUCUCAUCAAGCUCAUAAAAGAUUAGUAGUUGAAGUUAAGCAUACAAAAAUCAAUGGAGUUAAUUAUUUUGUAAGUUUGGGAUGGGAUUUUUAUUUAAGAGUAUUUAAAUUACUGGAAACUAAUCAGUUCGAAUUGAUCUCAGAAGUCAAAUUAACCGGUCAAGGAAGUUGCUUUGAUAUUAUUGAACAUAAAAAUGAAUUGAUUAUAGUAUUAGGAAAGAACGACAAUACUUUACUUGAUGUUUUCAUCUUGCAAGAUUUGAAGGACUUAGUUUUAAAAUAUAAAAUUUCUUUGAAUGACGCUGAAUUCUCUUCAUCUAGUUUUUCACCUAGAUUCUUAAUUAUUCAAAAGACUUCAGAUUUAUAUACACCAUUGAUUGCAGUUGGAACUUCUCAUGAACCAUAUAUGAGACUUAUCAUAGUUUCGUUGAAGGAACUUGAUCAUAUUGAUGAUAAUACAAAUAACAGUACAAUUACUACAUCACCAAUAAAGAGAAAUCAAAUCAUGAAGAAUUUGAAUAGUUUAUCACCUCAAGAUAAGUAUAGUCAGAGUUUAUUAUCUUUUCGUAUUGGUAAUGAUAUCAAUAAAUGUACUGGUAUUUGGGUGGCCGGUGAUGAUGGAAUAAUCAGAGGUAUAGAUUUAAUUCAUGAUAAAGUUUUAGUAGAGAUUGAAGCUCAUAAGGGUAAGAUCAAGAACUUUCUAACAUUUACGGAUAAAUAUGGUUAUGAACAACUAUUAACAGGUGGAGUUGAAAGAGAUGUAAAGAUUUGGAAAUUGAAAAACUAGCUUUAUUUAGUAGAAAUAUCGGUCCAAUGGUUGCGGAGUUGCAGCCAAGUUAUUCUUUUUUUUUUUUAUCGAUAAAUAAUAAACCUUAUAGACCCUUAUAGAACUUACAGUUAUAUAUAUAAAUAUCGGUUACUCUAUUCCCGACUUUUAUAUCAAUAUCCAUGAAGCACCCAUACCGCAGUACUUAUUUGCAUUGAUUUUGUGGGGAAUUCAAUUUUUUAUUUUUCCUCGGACACAUUGCCCUAGCCGGGCUUAUCAGAUAGAGACG